CAAUGAAGACAUUUGGGAUAUUGUUUUUGGAGUAGGAACGUCAGCGGUUACACACGCCAGAUCGGUUCCUUGAGAUGAGGGGAACGAGACUUUGUUGUCGUAAGCACUGAGGGGGAAGUCCUUCUAGACGACCUUGUUGAACCCUUCCCCAUAGCGCUGGACCGCCAUGUCAUCUCACAAACAAAUCCUCCGAGCUCUUGCCAACGGCCCGACGCGGCGGAGUCUUUUUGGUCCGGUGGAUCGCGAGCAGCUUCAGGUGGAGUAUCGCGACGCGUUGCGCAAAGACCUGGAAGAUGCCAUGCGCCGUUGGAGCUUCGAUUUCGAAUCAGAGAAGCCGCUGGAGGGCGGAGACUUCCAGUGGGAGUGCGUGUCCGGAGAUGGAGUACCUGUACUGUACCGCAGCUGCCAGCGGGGGGCGCAGUGGAGACCGUGCGGAGAAUCGUCAUGUGAAAAUCUGCCUGGGCCGUCUGGCGUCGGGAAAGAAAACAUCCCCAAAACAUCAGAGCGGGUCAUUUCUGUGCCGCAGGAUGUGGAGAUGACGCCAGAAAAGACCGCGGUGCUGAAAAGGAAACAGAUGAAUAUCACCGAUUUCUACCGAGCGAAGAAGAGACUGGUGGCCACACCUCGCAAAUCAGGAAAUUAACUCUAACACACAAACACACUCUCAGGCGUGUGCGUGUGCAUGUGCGAUGCCUGGACUCUUAUCCUCAUCACAAGGAAACAUGUUUUGAUAUAAACACUACAUCAACACCGUUACCUGCCUUCAUGGUUCUUCACUACAUGAACUGAAACUGUACAAGAGUACCAGCGCCUGAUUGAUACGGUCUACCGCGAGCGGUGACGAAGUGCCUUUCCAUUUAGAGUUUGUGUUUGUGUUAGCUUCAUGCUGUUUGGGUUAUUCAGUUGGAAAUGGGUUCUUUGUCAUUCCUUCUUUUAGCACUUACUGUUUAAUGUUUUUACGUGUACGGUUGACAUUUCAAGAAAUGUCCAUCCAUCCAUCCAUCUUCAACCACUUAUCCGAAGUCGGGUCGCGGGGGCAGCUGCUCCAGCAGGGGGCCCCAAACUUCCCUAUCCCGAGCCACAUUAACCAACUCUGACUGGGGGACCCAGAGGCGUUCCCAGGCCAGUGUGGAGAUGUAAUCUCUCCACCUAGUCCUGGGUCUUCCCUGAGACCUCCUCCCAGCUGGACUUGCCUGAAACACCUCCCUAGGGAGGCGGCCAGGGGGCAUCCUUACCAGAUGCCCAAACCACCUCAACUGACUCCUUUCAGCGCAAAGGAGCAGCGGCUCUACUCCGAGCUCCUCACGGAUGACUGAGCUCCUCACCCUAUCUCUAAGGGAGAAGCCCGCCACCCUUCUGAGGAAGCCCAUUUCGGCCGCUUGUACUCGCAACCUAGUUCUUUCGGUCAUGACCCAACCGUCAUGACCAUAGGUGAGGGUAGGAACAAAAAUUGACCGGUAGAUCGAGAGCUUUCAAGAAAUGUAUGUUUAAGAAAUGCUGGUUCUGGGAAGAUGCAAAACGUCCAUGAUUGAAUCUUUUGGAAACAACCUUUGGUGCUACAUUUCGUUUGCCGGUUAUGGAUCCUUAAAGCUGCUGUAAGUGAUUUAUUUUAUUUUAUUGAAAGGUAGGAAAAAUUUUUACUAAUCCCUGAAAGAUAUGAAUGAAAUAAGUGUUGUGAGAUAUCUCCGUGACCGCUCGAGACUCUGUAAACAACAAACAUGUGACCUUGGCUAAUGACACUUUCGACCUAUCAAUCAUAGUAUUGUAGCUGCAGCGAAUUAUUGAGUCUUAAUGUCAUUUUUAUGCCAUGUGGUUCUUAACACGUGCCAGCUGAGGGCGCUGUUUUGCUGCUGUUGUUUUUAACAACCGUUUGGUCUCAAUAAAGCUCAUUUGUUAUCAUUAGAGGGCGGGGGUUUGGAAAGGGGGGCGUGGAUAAUCCAACAGCUCCGCCUCCUGGAAGUAGAAUGGCUAAAAUCGCUUACAGCACCUUUAAUAAAGUUACUAUAAACUUGAACCUCAUUUAAACUGCCAAUCUGUUCUCAUACAGCCGCUCUCUGAACAGAGCUGCAAUUACAUGUUUCCAGUGUAUCCAAUAAUUUCUUUGUAAAUUGUUUGCAAAACCAUUUGUGUGCAAAGAUCAGGGCUGGACUGGGAAGAGAAAUCGGCCUGGGAUUUUACAUGGCGACUGGCCCAAAAAUUGAGCGGGGGUUGGGGGGGGCGGCUUUUCUGAUCGUGACGCCAUUUUAUGCUCCAUUCUGCAUAACGCGGCAGGUCAUUUUUGCUUAUCGCGGCCCAUUCGGCACGUUUUGCGGCUGACCCACCAGCCCGCUUCAUUUUCCCGCUGGUCAGUCCGCCACUGAUCAGCCCCAAAGUGCGCCGGCCCACCGGGGAAAAUACCCAGUAUGCCAGAUUGCCAGUCCAGCCCUGGCAAAGAUGCAUUCAUUGAAAUGCUAAAAAAGUGUUUUACAUCAACAGUGUAUUUACAAACACUCUCAGAUUUCAUAUUUGUGUCAUGGAACAUGAACACUGAGAAUAAAAAAUUAGACCCCAUUAACGUUGAGCAGGACGUUUAAAAUAAACGUAAUCACUAAAAUUAAUGAUAAACCUUCAACGGUCCAUAAUUAAGUAACUUCAAGUGCUCAUUAAUAUUCAUGGAUUUUUUCAUUCCAAAAUCUGUUCUUGUAUCCUGAUGCUCGUAGAUUUCUGCGAUCUGUCUGUAAAUAUCCACUAAAUCUCGUGUUAUUGUGUGAGUGUAGCUUGCACAGGUCUGUUAUUGUUAAAGUGCUCAAAGUAUCUUCUGUAUUUAUUUCCUGAUGAAUAUUGUGUUGUAGAUUUACAUUUAAGUGUACUCAAAUAAAGUUGUA